AUGAAAUGUGCCAGCACCAACUGUACGGGUGCCAACUGUGCCAACACCAACUGUACCAACACCAACUGUGCCAGCACCAACUGUACCAACACCAACUGUACCAGCACAAAGUGUGCCAGCACCAGCUGUACCAACACCAACUGUGCCAACACCAACUGUGCCAGCACCGACUGUACCAGCACCAAGUGUGCCAGCACCAACUUUACCAGCACCAAGUGUGCCAGCACCAACUGUGCCAAAACCAACUGUACCAGCACCAAGUGUGCCAGCACCAACUGUACCAGCACCAACUGUACCAACACCAACUGUACCAACACCUACUGUGCCCGCAGCUCGACAGGGCCACAUCAUGGCCCAGAGAGGGAGGGAUCCGACUUGUACCCCACUUUCUACCUCAUAAACUGA